AUGUUCAUUCUUCCCUCUCGCCAAUCGCCCUGCCUCCUAUCCCAAUAUUACUAUACCCCUAAACAGUGGGACACUGCUGGCCAGGAGCGCUUCCGCACCAUCACUUCCUCCUACUACCGCGGAGCACACGGUAUCAUUGUCGUUUACGACGUUACGGACAGCGACACCUUUGCCAACGUGAAGCAGUGGCUGCAGGAGAUUGACCGCUACGCUGUCGAGGGUGUGAACAAGCUCCUCGUCGGUAACAAGUCUGAUCUUGCGACCAAGAAGGUGGUCGACUACGCUGCCGCCAAGGCGUUCGCCGACGAGCUCGACAUUCCCUUCCUCGAGACGUCUGCCAAGAACGCGACCAACGUUGAGCAGGCUUUCCUGACCAUGUCGAAGCAGAUCAAGGACCGCAUGGGCUCGAACUCGAUGGCUUCUGGACCCGGUGGCAAGUCGACGAUCAAGGGUCUUGGCCAGAACGUUGAGCAGAAGACUGGCGGUGGCUGCUGCUAA